AACAACGAUUUCAUCGUUACUCUGUUGUUGUUGUUGUUGUUCUUCUUCUUCCUUCCAUGGCAGCAUCAACAAUUUCAUCUCAACCCUUCAUCCUCUCACGCAUCACCAACAACCCAUCUCACCCAUCUCUCCACCACCCUCUCCCCUCUCUCUUCUUCCUCCGCCGUCCCCCCCACCGUCGACCCUUUCUCUUCGCGACUUCCUGUCACCACGUCGACGGAGACGACGUUGUUUCAACGCGUAAAUCAACGUUCAACCGUGGCUUCACAGUGAUAUCUAAAAUGCUUCGACGUAUCAAACCUCUCGAUAACUCCGUUAUCUCUAAAGGUGUUUCUGAAGCUUCUAAAGAUUCUAUGAAACAAACUAUUUCUACUAUGCUUGGUUUGUUACCUUCUGAUCAUUUUGAUGUUACUGUUAGUUUUGAGAUUCAACCUCUUCAUCGGUUACUUGUUUCUUCUAUCAUCACUGGGUACACACUAUGGAAUGCAGAGUAUAGGAUGUCCUUGACGAGGAAUCUGGAAAUGUCACAUGCGGAUCAAGGGGCAGAUUGUGAAACGCCUUUGGAGAGUUUGGAGUUGAAGGGUGGUGAAGAGGAACAUGGGGAAACUGAGAAGGUUGUUUCUGAUUUGGGGUUAGCGAAUUCAGAAAUUUGCAGCAGCAGUACUGGCGCAGGAGUCUUUGGAGAUUUGCCGCCUCAGGCUCUGAAAUACAUUCAGCAGUUGCAGUCUGAGUUGACAAACAUGAAGGAGGAAUUGAAUGCCCAAAAGCAGGAAAUGAUGCAAUUAGAACACGACAGGGGAAUUCGGAACAAUUUGCUGGAAUAUCUUCGCUCUUUUGAUCCUGAUAUGGUGACUGAAAUGUCUCGGCCGUCAUCAGAGGAAGUGGAGGAUAUAAUUCACCAACUUGUUCAAAACAUUUUGCGAAGAUUCCUUGUCGACGAAGCUAGCUCUAACUUUAUGGAACAAUCAGUAGAAGGAAACAUAGACGAUGGUGAUGAGUUUAGUGAUAAAAUAGCCACUUCUCGCGAUUACCUAGCAAAGUUGCUUUUCUGGUGUAUGUUAUUAGGUCAUCACUUAAGAGGAUUGGAAAACAGAUUGCAUUUGAGCUGUGUUGUUGGACUUUUAUAGAGAAUAAUAAUGGUGGAAGCCUUGUAUAUUCUUCCUCUUUUUCUCUUCAACACCCCAAAUCCCCAUUUUUACCCCCCUUGUAUAACACCAGUUAUAAGCCUUGUAUGGUAAAAAAACCAGUUCAAUGUAAAACUGGAAGUAUGGGAAUAAUCAAGUUCAGUCCUUGCUUUUAGAACUUCUUCUCUUGAUUAAUUGAUUCAUCAUACCAAGCAUUAAAGCAUAUCACAUUUUAAGAA